AUGCAACAGUUCAUGGCUUAUUUUGAGGGAGCUCGACAGGAGGUGGAAACCGACGUGCAAAAUCUUCGAGAGGAGCUUCUGAGGAAGGAGGCCACCUUGAAGCGCAAGCAGGAUAGGACUGAACUCGAAAAGCUAUUGGAGGACCAAGCAACGCUUGAGAAACUGCAGGGCGAUUUGGUCAAUGCGACUGAACGAGGGAAGAUAGACUUGCAAACAUUUGAGGAAAUCUUGCUGGAUAAACAGCAAGAACUGACGAAUUGCACCGAGACCACAAUCAGCAUCCAGGCAAACAAUGCACUGCUUCAGAAACGGAUUGAGGAACAGCGAUUCUCGAAAGAAGACAUAGAACGCAUGGCAGAGAGGUUAGCUGGCAGGAACGCCGUGUUACAAGCUCUGAAGGAAAAUCGGAUGCAUGUUGAAAAGGAGGCAUGCAAGGCGGAGGUUCAAAAGGUCAAGACCAUGGAGGAGCUCGAACAGGCAGCAAGCACGUUCAAUCUGUUGGCGACAAGGCUCAAGCUUAUCCCUCCAUCUAGCAAGCAUGCUCAGGGCCGUUGUUACUCUGUACGAGUUAAUCCGCAUGGAACAAACAUUCGGGAUAUACUGUCUGACAGCAUGUCCAAGGCAGAUAUCCGUUCAGCUAUUCAAGAAGUGACGGAGAAGUACUCUUUGAAAGAACAGAGGCUGUAUGCGGAGCUGGCAACACUGGAAGUUCAGCUUGCUGAGGAGUCGGAGGAGGUUGCUAAGAUCUCUGCCGAGCUGGAAAUCAAGGAGGAUGUGAAGACACGGAAAGAGGAAGAGAUGCUGCAGGCAUCUCAGCGUGCCCAGCAGGAAGUACAAGCACGCUUAGAAGAUAUCGAAAGGUGUGAAUUACUCGCACGUGCGGAGAUUGAAAAGCGAGCAACAUGUUUGGAAACUCUGAGGCGAAAGAGUCAGGUGGGUUCCUAG